AUGGUUUUGACUUCAUCGGCUGAUUUCGUCGUCGUCCUGGAAUGUUUUUAUCGCAGUGAGUGUGGGUGGUUGAUCGGCGGAGAAAUAUUAGAUUUUGCGGCUGGUCACUUGCUCGAUCUGAUUGCUUUAAUGGACGAUUUCUCUGCUGCACCCAUCACAGCAUCAUAUAUUCUAGUCUCUAUGCACCAGACAAGAGAGACUGAGGUUGCCUAG